ACCCCGCCUCUUACAGGCGGGAUUACCUGGCGGUCGCCGGCAUUUGGCGUCAUUCCGAAAACAUGGCGCAAGCCAAUCAGCGGUAACCUUGGUCUUCGGGACGGCUGUUCGUUGGUUGAUAUGCCAGAGCCUGUUCUGCUGUCUGUAUUGGCUAUUGCCGCUGUCAGUCAGGGCCGUGGGUCGAACCUUCCCCUACUCUUUGUCUGUACAAGCUCAUGUUGUCUGGGAGAGCGGCGAAGGCGCUGCUGUGGAUUGGUCACAGGGAGAAACCUCUUACCUGUUCCUAUUGGCCUGUCCGUCAAGGGACGAUGCUGAUUGGUAGGGCAGAGCAAUCUGAGUCCUAGUUGGUGCAGUUCUCCCCGGAUGGAAGCUCAGGCCGCGUAGUGAUGGUGGCGGCAGCGAAGAUGGGCCGGGCAGGGACCAUGGCGGUGGCAGCAGAGGUGGCAGGGGCGGGGCGGCUGGCGGUAGAGGAGGCUGUGAUCCUCAGGGGGCUGUAGGUGGAGGCAUGGCUCGGGCCAGCAGCGGGAACGGCAGCGAGGAGGCCUGGGGGGCACUUCGGGCAUCGCAACAGCAGGUAUCCCAACAGCUCCAAAGCCUAUCACGACAGCCGUUUGUCUCUUUCCCCUUUCCUUAUCCCUUCCUUUUUGGGGGUGGGGGAGGAACUCACGGAGCCAAAGGUACUGUGAAGUUCCUAAACAUGUCCCACUCUUUGUCUAAACUUUGUAACGUAGAUGCAGCUGACUUUUCCUGUAGCCUCAUAGACCCCAUCCCAUGGCUGCAGUGGAAGCUUGCGGUGGCUCGCCAGUGACCAGAGGCAUACUUCGAGAGCUGUGCCCAGGAGUGAACAACCAGCCCUACCUCUGUGAGAGUGGUCACUGCUGUGGGGAGACUGGCUGCUGCACCUACUACUAUGAGCUCUGGUGGUUCUGGCUGCUCUGGACUGUCCUCAUCCUCUUUAGCUGCUGUUGCGCCUUCCGCCACCGACGAGCUAAACUCCGGCUGCAACAACAGCAGCGGCAGCGUGAAAUCAACUUGUUGGCCUACCAUGGGGCAUGCCAUGGGGCUGGUCCUUUCCCUACCGGUUCACUGCUUGACCUUCGCCUCCUCAGCACCUUCAAGCCCCCAGCCUACGAGGAUGUGGUUCACCGCCCAGGCACACCACCCCCCGCUUAUACUGUGGCCCCAGGCCUCCCCUUGACUGCUUCCAGCGAACAAACCUGGUGUUCCUCCUCAUCCAGCUGCCCUGCCCACUUCGAAGGAACAAAUGUGGAAGGUGUUUCCUCCCACCAGAGUGCCCCCCCUCAUCAGGAGGUUGAGCCUGCGGCAGGGGUGAGCCCUGCCCCCACACCCCCCUCCUGUCGCUAUCGCCGUUUAACUGGUGACUCCGGUAUUGAGCUCUGCCCUUGUCCUGCCUCCGGUGAGGGUGAGCCAGUCAAGGAGGUGAGGGCUAGUGCCACCCUGCCAGAUCUGGAGGACUAUUCCCCUUGUGCACUGCCCCCAGAUUCUGUACUGCAGGUCUCUCCCAUGGGGCUGUCCUCCAGUGAAGGGGACAUCCCGUAAGUUAGUUUUGAGAGGGUGGGUGGGUUACUUGCCCACCAGAAACAGCCCUAGUCCCACCUCCUUGCGUUCCCUUUGGCCCCUUCCUGCCUACCUAGAUCUGCCCGAAAGGGCUGGAGCCCUGAGGAGAGGGGCAGUAUUUGGGGGAUUGUGCUAGCUUUACCCCCACAAGGCAUCAAGACAUAUACACAGGAGCCUUUGAUCUCAUUAAAGAGAUUUGAACCAGC